AUCAUCUGAAAGAAAUAUUUGAAAGAAAGCACGUAGUAAAAGUUAAUUCUAUAAUGAAAAAUUUAAUAGAAAUAAGAAAUGGAUAGAUAAAAGAGUAUAAAUUUUCUUAUUCGUAGUGCGUUCAAUAUUUUCUGUCAUUUUUAUAUAUCGAAACAAUAACUUUGGUAGUUGAAUUGACAGGGAGUAAUAUUUCAUCCAAUUAAGAAAUAUCAAUAAAAUGUUGCAUGAAAUAUUAAUGUCAUUAUGGGGAUGUUCAACCAAUGCUUUGCAAAUAUUGGAAUCAGAUACUGUAGAUCUGGAAAAAUAUUUGCAUCCUGGUGAACGUGUAUUACUUAAAACAAUAUUGGAUAUAGUUGAACAAUGCAAUGUUAUUAGGAAUUUCAUUCAAGAAUAUACCACAUUUGAUGACUUAAAUUCUACUCAAAAUUUACAAGAUCUUCCUCGUGGUUUAUACUUACAAGCUCUUUGUGAAGGAAUGAAUCAAUCUUUAGAACCAUUUUAUAAGGAGAUUGUUGAUUUAGAAGGUGUAGUUCUUCAUGAUAGUUAUACUCCAUUGUCACUAAUACUUUGUCGUAUCGAAAAAUAUAUUUGCCUAUUUUGUGUUUUAAAUUCUAUCAUAAGAGAGAUUCGUACACAAAAAAUUCAUGGCUGUAAACUAUUGCAAUGUUUGCAUCAAAAUAUGUAUACUGGUAUUCCUGAUGUUAAAGUUGCAAUAGAAAAAAUGUCUCACUGUGUGCACACAGUUUUUUAUAAACAUUUAACUAGCUGGCUUUUAUAUGGCCAUAUAGAAGAUAUGUACAAUGAAUUUUUUAUUCAAAAAAUAUCUGAGAGGGAAAACAGUUUAAUAUUAGAAGACAAUAAGGAUAAUUUUGAUAAAAUAAAUACAAAAUUUACUGCGGAUAUGUGGAGUUAUGACGUUCAAAUUGAUAUACUUCCCUCUUACAUUAGACCAUCUUUAGCAACUAAAAUCUUAACUAUAGGGCAAACUAUUAUAAUGUUUGGAAAUGACCCAAGACAGAAAAAAGAUUUUGCUAUAGUUGAUCAAACUGAAGCUUCUAUAUGGGGAGAAAAAGAAUAUGAAUAUUUUCUUAAACUUCAAAAUUUACAAAAAGAACAUAUUUUUAAUAUUGUUGAAUUUGAACGUACAAUCGAUGAAUUGAAACAAUGUAUAACAGAACUUUUAUGGCGAGUUGCUGUUGAAGAAGCACAACUUGUGCAACAACUUAAAUUAGUAAAAGAUUUUUUUCUUAUGGGACGUGGCGAUUUGUUUCUUGAGUUUAUUAGACUUACGGCUCAUAUAUUAAAUAAAUCUCCAACACAGCAUACCUCUAGGGAUAUUAAUUUAGCUUUCCAAAUGGCCUUAAGGAAAAUGCAUUUAAAUGAUGAAAAUGCCAUGGAUAGUUUUAAUUUUAUAGUUCCAAUUCCAUCACAGGAAAAUGAAGAUAUUGAGGUAGAAGGUACAGAAUUUACUGAAAAGGAACGUGAAGAUCCUAUUGAAAGACGCGGGUGGGGUAUGAUUACUUUAAAGUACAAAGUCAUAUGGCCAUUACAUUUAUUAUUUAGUCCAUCAGCUUUAAAUGAUUACAAUACAUUAUUCAAAUUUUUGCUAAGGGUUAAAAAAACACAAAUUGAUUUAUGGAACCUUUGGAGUGAGCAUAUGUAUUAUAAAAACAUCGAUAUUGGUGUAAUUCAGCUAAGAAAUAAUUUAAUUUUCAUUAUUGAUAAUUUACAAUAUUACUUACAAGUUGAUGUAUUAGAAAGUCAAUAUACUAUAAUGGAAACAAAUAUGAAAAAUACCCGAAAUUUUGAAGAUGUACAAAAAGCACACUGUAUUUUCUUGGCUAAUGUUAUGUCACAAACAUUUUUAUUAGGAAGUUCAACAGAAAGAAAAAAUCCUGUCAACAAAUUAAUAAAACUCUUAUUACGACUUUGUGAUGAUUUUAUCUUACAAGCAUCUAUGUGGGAAGUAGGUAAUUUGCUUUUAACAGAACAAGAAGAGCUUAAAACAUUAUCUGAUACUCUUGAUAGUUUAAUGGGUUGGUUAACCAAAACAUUGAAUAGAGUACGUGCACAACCAAGUGGAGAGCAUUUAGCUCAAUUAUUGUUGAGAUUGGAUUUCAAUAGAUGGUUCAGUAAAAAAAUGUAAAGAAGAUUUAUUUGAGUAUCAGUAAAUAAUGGAGAAACAUAUGAUGUAUUUGUGGUAUUUUGUUUUAAAAUUAUUCUUCGUAUAAAUUCUAUAUCUAAUAUCUAUUAUAUAUAUAUUGAACUUAUCUUUAUUUUACUUAAAGUACUAGUACUUUCUUGUCAGUGAAAAAUACAAUUAUGCAAAACUCCAAUUUUGAGCUUAAUUUAAUAGAAAUAUAUUAAAAAAGAAAAAAUAAUAUCUUUAAAUGAAUGUAACGCAUAACAAGUAUUGAAAUAAAUUUUUCAUUCGUUUA